AUGAUCUUCUCAACACUUCUUGUGACACUGGUGUCACUAGCGACAUGGACGGAGCCAGUAUCCGCCAGUUUGAGAAUCACGGCUGACCAUCAUUCUUUUGGUGGUGUCAACUAUCCCCAGCUGCAAUUCUUUGCACCGGAGCACAGAGACAAUACUAUCAAGGAAAUCAUCAAAAGCGGCGCAAGAGUUAUACGGCUAUUCAUACGCCCAGAUGAGCUCCAUCCAGAUCCCGAGCAAGAGCUGGGCUCUUUUGACAGGUCCUUGCUUGACCAAUUUGACGACACGUUGGCGGCUAUUCACCACCUUUCCAAGGGCCAGAUGAAAGUCAUUAUUGCCCCGCACGACGCGCAUGCACUUCGGGGAUCUAACGAUGUUCCCUGCGACGCAUACUGCAAGGAUCUCGGAGGAUACUUUCUCGACUUCUACAGUUCCGAUAAAUAUCGAGAACUAUACAAAACUCGUCUCGAAGUCUUCUUCAAACACUACCCCUCCAAAAACUUUGACGGACGUUCAUGGAGCACACUCUCUGAAGUCAUUCUUGGUGUCGACAUCCAAAAUCAACCCUUUAGCGGUAUAUUCCCCAUUCCCGCUGGCGAGUCCUGGAUCUGUGACAUGGCCUCUCAUCUGAAAUUUACACUUGGCCUCGAUGCAUCUUCCAUCGCCGUCAUCAGCGGUGGCGUUUCAGGCGCCCAGAAACCAGAUGAGUGGCAAAACUUCCCCGACAGUGUGUUUGACUGCAAAGCCAUCGACAUUAUCGGGAUCCACGGAUAUUUCUCCAAGCAACACGAUGCCACGGCAGGAACGCCAUGGGCGAACAUGUUUGUGCCUGGAAAUACGCUGACGGGUCGCGCCAAGGGGAAAAAGAAGGGUGACGGGAAAUUGCUCUUGGUCGAGGAAUGGAGUUAUGUGCACAAUGAUGAUUUUGGACUGUUUUACAAGCAAGAAGCCUUGUUUGAUCAGGGCAAUGCGUUGAACUAUAGGGGAAUACCUUGGCUAUACUCUCACCUCACAACUAUCAACGAGGGAAAGACCGCUCGAAUCAAUCCCGUUCACCCUGGCUAUAUCAGCUGGACCGCUCUCAAACAGGUGUUGAAAGCCGCUCAAACUGCACGCUCAAACUUCAACUGGUCCACCUACCUCCCAGCUCCCUUCUCCAUCAAGCCCCUGACCGAAGACGAAAAAACUGCCCAAAAGCUCCGCGCAAUGCUCACAAACUCGAAUACGCAAGAAUUUGCCAUCCAGCGCCUCGGUCUCUCAAACGUUACCUCAAUCCUCAUCAACCCCUUUGUACUUGAACAAUCCGACUGCACCUUUGGCUGCGAAGGCCACCUCUGCGACGCCCAAGACGGCUGUCUCCCACACCUUCUAUGCAAAAACAGCGUCUGCACCAACGACUCCACGCAACCCGGCAAGAUCGGCGACAUGUGCACCUCCAAAACACCCUGUCAGCCGCAUCUUCUCUGCUCCGCCGGAAAAUGCAGUCCCUGCACCGGCCGCACAACCAUCCAGCCCCCUCCCCAGAAGCGCAAGAGAAGCAUACCAAACGACCCCCUCCCCCUCCCCACACAACAAGAACACGAGGCCCAACAACGCGGUCCUAUUCUCCCCAAUGCCCUAACAGGCCAGUGCCACACCGACUCCCUCCCCGCCCUCUUCUCCUCCCUUCCCCCCCGCAUCGCAGCAACAGGAUCAAACCCCCCACACCCCAUCUGCCUGCCCCCAACCCACCACCCCGCCCCUUGCACAUCGCCCUCGCACUGCUCCGCCGACGAAUACUGCGACUGGGGCACGUGCGUAGCAUGUACCUCCAAAGACGCCUGUCUGGGCUCGUCGUGCCGCAGCAAUAACAAGUGCAAGACGGGCUACUGUAAUGAUCAUGGGCGCUGCGAUUAUCCCUCUGCACGGAUAAAGAAGAAUUUUGGACCAGGCGGUGCAAAGAUGGGGAAGGUGAAGAGGGUGCCGGGGGUGCCGAGGGGGCAUGAGAGUGGGCCAGCGAGGGUGAGGGAUGAGGCGAUGCGGAUUGUGAUUCCAGAGGAGGGUGUUAUGAAUACGGCGGCUGCGGCGGCGGCGAUGGGUAAGGCGUAGAUUUUUGUGUUUUUCUCUCUUUUUUUUCGGAAGGGGCGGCGUUGGAGGGGGUUUGGCAAAGCAGAAAUGAAAGAUGAAUAUGUCAUGUUAGUUAUGUGACCGGACACAUUGUGAGUAACGUUGCAUAAACUUUUCUCUUCGUUUUUUUGCUCUUCAAAUAUUCAACAGAUAGAAAUGGGUUUUCUAUGUAUGCAGAUGUAUCUGCCUUUCCAAAAUACAAAAAAAAAUAAAAAUAAAAAGGGAGAAGGGGGUAUCGCAGUCUCCAUAAACUCCUGAUUC